AUCAGGAAAAAUAAAAUAUUAAAGAAACCAAGAACCUUCCAAUUGAUAGCCAAAAUUCCUUGUGGUUUAUAUAUGACGUGUUGAUCAUACUGGGAUUUUGAAUAUUCUUGUAAUAAUGUCGAAAGGGGAAAUGCCAUGAUCUUCUUUUUAAAUAACAUUCUUCAUAUACAUGGAUGAUGAAAAUCUAUGUAAUUUAAAAAUUGGAUAAUAUAGAUGAUGAGAAGAUAAAUGUUGAUACAGAAGGCCUAAUUGUAUAUAAUUUGGAGAGGGAAUUCGGGGUCAAAUCUCCAGGCUUGAAAAACUUCACCUGAUUGAACUCUUCUUUAAGAUAAGAGCGUUGCAAUUUAUUAUCAUGAUUUCUUGCACCGGAUUUGCUUAGAUUAGUAUAUCUGAUUAGUUUAAUUGUUCAACAAAUGUAGCUUAUAAAUCCUCCCUACUACAAACUUCCCUAGUUCCCAAGCAAAGACAGCCCAAUAUCAAAGAGGGGAAAACAAGGUUCCAACGUCACAAAUAUUAAUUCCCACAAGUUGGGAUUUCCUUAAAUUACAUGGUUUCUAUGUAAGCUACCUCCAAUAAAUAUUAUAUAUAUAUAUUAUUCAAUGACAGCGGUUCCAUGCAUGAAGAAGUUUAUAGCAUUAAGGACAUCUACAUUCUGUCAUCUCCUUAUCGUUCGGGCGUCAUCAUAAACUAAAGUAGAAGAAACCAAAGCAACCUCUUCUUCUUGUUUGUGGUUCCAUCAUAGAAAACGCCUCCGCGACGGAUAAUUAACUCAGUUGUAUCUCUGUUGUUCAAAAAAAAAAAAAAACUCGCUUGUAUCUCUGAGUUGAGAAUAUAGUGUUAAUAGAUAUGAGGAGGAGUGAUAAGGAAUAUUAUGAUGUGGAAGGGGAUGAUGAUGCAUUCCAAACAGACGAUGAAAGGGUAUGCGUUAACGUAGAUAAUGGUGAGGAUGAUGAGAGUACAGAAUCUGAGACAGGCUCCCCAUCUCCUAAUUCAUCCCCUAAUUGCCUUCAACUAAACCAUUCACCUUCAUGGCCACAAAGCUACAGGGAAUCAAUGGAUAUGUUCAAAGGCCUUAGACCUCCGUCCAUUAGUUUCCCCAAGGGAAAUAACACCACCAGACUAAGAGGCACUAAUCCAUUUGGCGACUAUCAAAGUAGCGAUGAAGAGACUUCCCUCGGUAAACCAUUCAUUUCUGAAAGUACUUUAGAUGAAGAAGUGCCGGCCACUACUCUCCCAGAAUCGCAGCAAAUAAUAUCUGUCAAUAGAUCAAUGCCAUCACCGAAGCAGUGUUCAUUUACGCAAGCACUUGUUAAUGGAAUCAAUGUUCUGACCGGCAUAGGACUCCUUACAACACCUUAUGCUGUUAAAGAAGGAGGGUGGUUGAGCCUCACAUUGCUCUUAAUAUUUGGUGUCAUUGCCUGUUAUACUGGGAUUCUAUUAAAAAGAUGUUUAGAAAGCUCUCCAGGUCUACUAACAUACCCAGAUAUCGGGCAGGCAGCUUUCGGUAUAACCGGUCGCUUAGUUAUAGCUGUAACUUUGUAUGCAGAAUUAUAUGCAGCAUGCGUGGAGUACGUAAUAAUCAUGAGCGAAAACCUGUCCACGAUUUUCCCAAACACCAGCAUAGAAUUCGGCGGAAUAUAUCUUAACGCUCAUCAAAUAUUUGCUAUCAUAGGAAUUCUCGUUGUUCUCCCAACUGUUUGGCUACGAGACCUUAGUUUGCUGUCAUACCUUUCGGUUGGUGGAGUAGGAGCAUCAAUUUUAGUGGUGAUUUGCUUGUUAUGGGUUGGGACUGUCGAUCAAGUCGGGUUUCCUCGAGCUGGAACCACUCUUAACCUCGCCAAUAUACCCAUUUCAAUUGGUAUAUAUAGUUUUUGCUAUUCAGGCCAUUCGGUUUUCCCAAAUAUAUAUACUUCCAUGAAAGAACCAUCACGUUUUCCACUCGUACUUAUAGCCAGCAUUAUAUUUUGUUGGUUCAUGUCCACUGGGGCAGCAUUCUCAGGUUUUCUGAUAUUUGGUGACUCAGUUGAAUCUCAAUUUACAUUAAACAUGCCAACAAAAUUCGCAGCCUCUAAAAUCGCUGUCUGGACAGUGGUAAUUAUAACAAUAUCAAAGUACGCUUUGACACUCACUCCAAUUGCAUUGAGUCUAGAAGAACUUGUACCUGAGACAUGGUUGACAUCUUAUGGUGGUUCGAUAUUUAUCAGAGCUGCUUUAGUGAUUUCAACUUUAGUUGUUGCACUGAAAGUUCCCUUCUUCGCUUUUCUCAUGGCAUUGGCUGGAUCUUUGCUUACGAUGCUAAUUACUAUUAUCUUCCCAUGUGCCUGUUAUCUCAGCAUACGUGGCGGUGGAUUAACCAAUUUACAAAGGGCAGUCUGCAUUUGCACUGCUAUGCUGGGAUUGUUGAUUGCUUGUGAUGGCACAUAUUCAGCGGUCAUAAGAAUAGCUGGCCAAAAUUGAUCAAAGGGGGUUUCAAUUGCUCUGCUUUUGCCUUGAAUUCCAUCUUUGUUUAAAAUGUGAAAAUAAACCCCAGUUUCCCAUAUCCAAAGUCACAAUUCCAUGAGGUUUUGCUUAAUCAUUCAGGUGUCAGCUCAUAAGCUUUGUCCUAAGCGUCUUUUUGGCACUUCUCCUCCGGCAAUUCUUCAGUCCAUGUCAAAUGCCAAUGGAGUAUUUAUUGCUUCAAAAGUAAUAUAUAUAUAUAUCAGAAAAUUAAUACCCUGUCAAAUGUGUUACAGCAACAUACAUUAAAAACAUGCAAGUUGUGCAUGGCUCUUUA